AUGAGACCUUCUCCAAUACUCUUUAGAGUCACAAUCAAACAGAGGUAUAACUUAGUACCCAGUAUACCCAAACCUUCAAUCACACCAAUAGCAUGUCAAUGUUCAUAUCCAGAAUCACAUCCAAUAAAUUAUGAUAAACCAUUAUUAAAUACUAAAUCACCAACUUAUAAACAUGUUUUAAUACCCACAACCAUUCCAGCAACUGAAUGGCCUUCAAAAGUUGAAUUAAUUCCAGGUUCAUUACUUUCAGAAUUCUCAAGUUCAAAAAAAACUGCAUUAGAUCCAAUGUAUCCAAUUAUGAUUUCAAAUAUUCAAAUUGAUGAUCCUAAAGGUGAUGUACUUAUAUUUCCUGAUAAUAAAUGGCAUAAAAUCACUCAAAACAUUCCAGAAUUCAUGACACAAAAUUUAACACCAACAAAUACACCAGAUCAAGGUUUAUCAAAUGAAAAUCAAUAUAUUUUCAUAUGUGGUCAUGCUCAAAGAGAUAUACGAUGUGGAUUAAUUGCACCAAUUCUGAAAAAAGAAUUUGAACAUGUCUUGGGACAUCAUGGGUUAUUAUAUAACAAGGAAACAAACCCUGGGGGUAUUAAAGUUGGUAUUGUAUCACAUAUUGGUGGACAUGCUUAUGCUGGGAAUGUUGUUUAUUUCGAUAAAGAAGGUCUUGGUGUUUGGUAUGGUAGAGUUGAAGUUGAUCAUGUUGAUCCAAUUGUUAAACAUACGAUAUUGGGUAAUGAGAUUUUUAAAGAUUUGUUUAGAGGAAGGUAUCAAUAA